AUGCGAUCCGGCAGCGUCACAGUGACAUCCCAGCACCAUGAUUUGGAUACUGCCUCACCUCCUCGAACACCCCCAGGACCUUCCAGUUACAAAGUUAAGAGGGGUCGUCACCCACGGCCCUCAGUUCGCGAGACCUUCCUCGAUGAUUUUAAUGACAAUGCCAAUGAUAGCUACGACUCCGGCGAUGAGCGAGAUCCUCAUGACCUGUCGCUGUCCCCUGGGCAUGCUGCCCGCACGUCAAUAGUCGACAAUAUGUUGCUUUCCUUAGACCAGUUCUCUUCCGGGAAUGCCGUGUUAGACGACUAUCGUCUCUUCAGCUCCGCCUUCGAAUCUCCUAAAUACUCACGAUCUUCCCAAGAUACAGUGGCACAGCGCCGAUACAGGGGCCAUACAUCUUCAUCUUCGCUCUCGUCAGAUGUGGAAUACGGGUAUGACGAGGGCGCCAGCCGAUACGCAUCUCAGCAUGCUAGAGGACGUCGGAGCAACAGUGGCUCAAAUUUCAAUGCAGGUGUGAGAAGGUUCGAAAGCACGCGGAGCCGCGAUGGGUCUGCCUCCCACUUCGAUUACCGAACCAGUAUCACUGCACCUGCAACUCGCGCUGGGAGGAAAAGCAGCAAGGGGAGCACGUCUUCUAACUUGGAUUUUGGUCCUUCAUUCUCGCGACGCCAGAUCGAGCCGACUAGCGAGAGGCGAUCGGCGAGCUUUGACAUGGGUACGAGGAGACCGUUUAUGACCUCUCCGGGUUCCUCCUCAGACUAUGAUUCGAUGGCAUAUGACGGCCUGGAUGCAGCGCCCAUGCCUAGCGUUCCCGCGGGCCCAAGGAAACACCACCCGCCAUCCCAAGAAUUCGGCAAUAAUACUCUAAAAUCCCAGUCAUCGCGCACCCCAGUGGCAUCACGAAGGAACAGCAUCAAAUCCUCGCGGACCACACAAUCGCGGAAGCCUCGCCCUGAAAACCUCGGUACGGCAGCUAUGAGAUCCCGGGACCAUGAAUUUGCGCUCUUGGGCGACGCUGAUCUUGAGCCCCCGCCGAACAUAUCAUCUUCGCUAGACCCGCCAGCGCCAAGUCCAACAAUUUCGUUCAAUAAGACUGCAUUCCCCCUUCCAGAACCAACCCCGACUAAGGAGCGUCCGGGUUUCUUCCGUCGUGUUUUCGGAUCCUCGAAAAGCCCUGGUAUGAUGCCGUUCGACGGCUCGUCCGAUUAUCCACCUUUGAGGGAAUCUGACUCAAGGGAUGUAAAUGGGACUAGCGCUAGCCCACGAGCACGCAGUCAACCGCAGAAAACAAGCGCAGCUGGCACUCAUAUGCCUCGUGAGGGUGCCCAGGUGGUGAGCAAGAAGCCAUCCUUCUUCCGCCGGCGGAAGAAGUCGGUCGCGGAGAAUGUUCCGCCUCCAAUCAUCCUUCCCCAGAACCUUGGAACCAAGGCCGUGGGAAUAAUGAAGCCGGACCCUAGCCCAGUCAGCAGCCUGCGAAAGGUUAUGCAUCCAUAUCUUGCAGAUGCUAUUCCCAACAAUAGCUCUCCUGUAGUGGAUUAUUCCACCGAAUCCUCAGAUUGGAGUACUGCGGCUAAUGAUCCAGACAACAAGAAAUCGGAUGAUGCUUUGAGGCGCAAGGAGAAGGGCAAUUCCCUAACCAUUCACACAGGGCCCAAGGCUAAAUACAGCCUUUACCCUGCGAGCGCAAUUAGCCAUGCACCUGAUACGUCCUUUCUGGGAACCAGUAGCGGCGAUGAAGAGCCUGUUGAUAAAUCAAACGGGCCGGAAGUCACACCACCGGUGCCACCGCGCUCCUCUCGCCGACGAGCGAGGGACAGCGCUAAGUCGGAACGCAGUGACGCAAAGACCGUGGAGACAAAACAGGGGGCUGAAACAUCUCGAGACAAGUUGACAAUAUUGGAAAACUUGCGUCCUACCUCGUUAUCUCCUGUCGCCGAGCGUUCUUCAAUCCAGUCGGCCACGCUUCCUACUAUCGAGACGCCUGACGACGAUUCAAACUCAAACCUUACAAAGGAAUUGGAAGAUAAAGACAUGUACGAUGCAACCAUAUGGAAUGAUGAUUCUGAUGCGCCCAGCAAACUAUCUACUCCGAUUAUCGACAAAGAGUCUUCCCGGGCCUCGGGCUCUGAGGCUUUCAAAUAUCAGACCGCGACUAAUACCCCCAUAGCACCGCAAGGAUAUCAGUGGAAGUCUGCCAAAAACGACGGCUCUCCGGGUGACACAUUAUCAGAGAUACCCAGCAGCGAAGAGAAGCAACAAGCGCAGAAGCUGUAUGAUGGCCAUGAUGAGUUUGUUGGGGAUGAACCAGCUGCUGCCUGGCUCGGUAGUCCUGACCGUGCCAAAAUCCGAGCAGCAUAUAUGGCUUUGUUCGACUGGUCUAACAUGAACAUCCUUGCAGCUCUUCGCGGAUUAUGUCUCCGAUUGCUUUUAAAGGGGGAGACCCAGCAAGUUGAUCGCGUUCUGGAUGCCUUUUCGACAAGAUGGUGCCAAUGCAACCCCCACCACGGCUUUAAGGCGGCCGAUGUUGUACACACAGUUUGUUAUUCUUUGCUCUUAUUGAACACAGACUUGCACCUUGCGGAUAUCGAGCAGAAGAUGACCAAAGCACAAUUCGUCCGCAACACAAUGCCCACAAUUCAACGGGUGGCCGCCGAUGCCGCGCCGGACGAGUUGAGUAACAGAGCGACUGGUUUGAAUCUGGACUCUGGCCUUUCAUCUUCUCGAUCUGCCACGUUUCCUACCGACGAGUUGGAACCAGGCAAUGCAAAUACAGAUAAGCCAAUCACCACUCCCGGGAAAUUGGCAAACCGUCUGUCUCGGACAGAUUUAGGGACGAAAAUGACAAACGACGCCGAGGACGAGAUUGGUCCAUUGGUCAAUACUCCAUUCUAUGGUACAGCAAAAGCCUGGGAGCAGCAAGUUGAAACGGUCCUGCGAGGGUUUUACUCAUCGAUCCAUAAACAAAGGCUUCCACUACUUCGUGCCCAAACUGAGAAAGACGUACCUCGCACAGCAUCGAGCGCUAUGCUUGGCCCAAAUUCCGGACCCCAUGGCCUUCGAAGAAGUCCCAGUACUGUCAGCAAAAGUGGCUCCGACAUCUUCCCGCGGGGUCGUUCCGCUGACUCUCGCUUUGGUACCGCACGCUGGUCUUCCAAACCUCGUUCGCGAGCGCGGCUAUACCCUCCAUCUACUCUAGGCUCUAGCCGAACAAGCUUGGAUGAUCAAUCAUCUCUCUGGAGUCCAUCUGGAUCCAGUACCUGGAGCAAGUACUCUCUAGGAAAGCUGACAUCCGCCUCUGUUGACUCGUUUGCUUCAGGUUAUCCGCAUGCAGACUAUCAACAGUCCAUCGGGUUCGCCAACGCGCUCAGCCAGGCAAUCAUUCGCGAAGACUCUGCUCAUUCCAUUGCUAGCACUGAAGAUCCGGAGCGGACCGGUCAACUUCUCGAGGAUGAGACCUUGGAGCUGGCCGGCGCACCGUGGGCUAAAGAGGGAAACUUAAAGCACAAGCACCACCUGGAUUCCGUUGAUAAGCGGGCGAAAGACCGCAACUGGAAUGAAUGCUUCGCUGUGAUCCAGCAGGGGUGGAUGCGUCUUUUCUCGUUCAACGCAUCAAAAACAAUGAAACAAAAGUCUAAGCAGCGACCGCCUGGCGGCGUUGUCGUGGGCGGAGGUAACUGGACCGAGAACGCCGAAGAAAUCUGGAAAUUUCUCUUGCGCCAAUCCAUUGCCAGCGCGCUCCCGCCUCCAGGCUACUCAAAGUCUCGCCCCCACGUCUGGGCUUUGAGCCUACCAACUGGUGCGGUGCACCUUUUCCAGGCAGGCACGCCGGAAAUCGUCCGUGAAUUCGUCUCCAGUGCCAACUAUUGGAGCGCCAGACUCUCCAAAGAGCCUCUUAUCGGUGGUAUCAGUAAUAUUGAAUACGGAUGGAGUGACGCGGUUAUUAACAGUGCGUUGAUCAACCAUGAUUCAAAUCGAUCGCCGCCGUCUUCGUCUGGACCCGGGCCGCGGCCUAGCAUACAGAGUUCUAUUCGGAGCUCUAUCGAUCAACAGGUUGUCCGUCCCAAGUUGCCCGCGGACAGAGUGAACAUCAGCGACUGGACCCCACCGCAGCAAAGUAUGAUGGCCGCCAGUCUUAGCGAAGCUGAUCAGUUGAUCUCUCUGCAAACGUACGUCAAAAACGUCGAGGACGAGCUGCAACGGCAUAACGAACUUCGGCCUGCUAUGGUGCUUGCUUUCUCUCCACGGCAUCCAAAUGCGGCAAAAUCCAUGGUCAACUGGGAGCGGAAGUCGUCCUACCUGUUGCGGGAAAUUGUGAAAUUCCGUACAUACAUUGAUUCCCUCCAAAAUGCAAUUCACGCAAAGAACAAGAUAUUCGCUGAUCGGGAGGAUCAAUCAAAGCCUCUCGAGUCGUGA